AUGAAAAUCAUCUGGAAUGCAAGGUUACUCAAGACUGCCGGACAGUGUAAAUAUUUAAAACGACAAACAAUCCAUUCCGGUGAUGUAAAGAAUGUUACUCGUUUGGCCGAAAUUCAACUCUCCCCCAAAGUGUGCACGUCCGCGGAGCGUGUUCGAGACACACUGUUGCAUGAGGUAUGUCACGCAGCAGUCUGGAUUCUGGAAGGGAUUAACGAUGGCCACGGUCCACGUUGGCGGUACUGGUCUCAAAAAGCGCAACGUAUUUGGCCCCGUCUUCCGGUUGUCUCGGUCUGUCACGCCUACUCGAUUGAAACCCGAUUCACCUAUCGAUGUACCGGUUGUGGUGCGUGUGUUAAUCGACACUCAAAAUCUGUGGACAUUAGAAGACAGGUUUGUGGACGUUGUCAGUCCCGAUUUGAAUUACUUCUGAAUACCCCUCGAGGUCGAAUGAUGCGUCCGAGCGUAGCCGGUGCAAUGGAUCGACGGUUUUUAGCCCACUCGACGACAACCGAAGCUAAAUCAUCGCAGCCGGACAAGACAGUCUCAAAUCGUCCCGUGUUCGCCGAAUUCGUUCAAAAACAUUACAAAUCCGUUCGUCAAGAUCCAACCGUGAAAACACACGCAGAUGCCAUGAUUCAAUUGGGCACAUUAUUCAGAUCCAUGAAAGUGUCUCAGUCUGAUCAGGCAGAGCGAUCGUUCGGUGUGAACCACUCAUCGUGA